CAGGUGUUAUGUUUUUACAAUGCUAGAACAGGUUUGUUUGCUUUGGUUGCUUUGCAAAGUGGAUUUGCUUCUGGAUGACUGGAUGGAACGAGGGUGACUUGGUUCACAAGGAUCAAGGAUCAAGAGUGUAGCUGAAGUGGUCGGAAGACUAGGGUUUCUUGAAUUUCGACCAUUCAUGAAGGUGUCCCUGAGCAUCCUGUUUGCCGGAUGGUGCUUUUGCAUGGCGGCGGGUGCCGCAGAAUGCGAAGAUGAAGUGGAACCAGCUGCCCUGCUGCAAGUCAGCGGCCAUGGUUCUGACCAAGGCAGCCACUUGCAGCCUCAUCCACCUCAUCCACCACAUCCGCAUCCACCUCAUCCACAUCCGCCUCAUCCUGAUCCCCCCCAUCCACCCCAUCCGCCUCAUCCUCCUCAUCCGCCUAGCACGAGCUCGUACAUCCUCCAGGCCUACUGCGGUGACUCCUGGUUGACUCUUUGCAGUGACAUCCCGAGUGGAUGGCAGCAGCACAAUGGGAAGUUCCAAGCAAACAUCAGCGAGGAACCUCCGGCCGCCUCCUCAGAUUCGGAUGCCUCCAACAACUACCUCACCUUUGGAGGGUAUAAAGUGAAUGAUGGGACCUUGCCAAGUACUAGCACACUCACUGGGUGGUUCUCCACUUUGAACGCCAACAAUGUGGAAAUGGACAUGGAGGGCGACGCCAUCAACUACACCAAUUGGACAGUGGCGGCUGAAUGGGCUGUUCAAAUCAAAGAGGCCAGUCCCAGUUCCAAGAUCCAGAUGACCGGCAUGGUGGCGUACUACCCCAAUGCAAGCCAAAUCGCCGAAGACUACCCAGACACCGUGGACUACUUUGCCGUUCUGAUCCAUGCCUAUUAUAUGGACAAGAACGGCUACGCCAUCGACUGUUCCAACCCCUACUCGGGCGAAACCUGGGGUUAUGUGCAGAAUUGGCUCAAUACUUCGAUUCCAAAGAGCAAGCUCAUUCUGGCCCUCACCACAAUUGACUUGAAGCCCUGCUAUAUGGACGUGAUCAAGACCUGGAUCAAGUUCUACAGUUUGGCAGGUAUGAGCUUCUGGGAUUGGCAGAAUCGCUCAAGCGACGUCUCCUUGGAAUGUAUCGAGGACCCCGAUGUCAAUUGCACUUCCUCUACUAGCAGUACUACCGUGACGACCACCACGGCCUCCUGCGACGACCAGUGUGUGCAAGGUCCGUACAAGGGACAAUGUUGCGAUCCUGACUCGGUGACCACGAAGGGGAGCUGUGCCACAUUGGGGCAGGAGGGUUGCUGCGGAAACACGGACAGCAGCGAGUCCUACUGCCAAGUCCAGCGUUGCCACGCCAAAUGCUCCAGUGAUAGUGAUGUCCCAGGCGCUUGCUGUGACACCAGUCAGAGCACGUCGAAAGGGAAUUGUGGCGAGAUCGGCCAGGAGGCUUGUUGUGGAGACACCGACGGCACCAAGAAUUGGUGCCAAGCUACAUCAUAAUUUGAUAUAGGCAGGCUCACGUCGAAUCCUUAGGCCUAAGGCAAAAGCCCUAUGGUCGGGGUGGCGCAUUUGUUCCAGUAGUUUGGAAGUUGAAAUCCACAACCAUCAAGCACUGUAGAGGAGUUAUUGUUGCAUGGUGAUUUGCACACCUGCUUGGCUUGAAUUCUUGUGGUGUUUUGUAACUUCCUGUGGUGGCGUCAAA